AUGGCUCAAGGCUACUUAAGCACUUCAUUAGGAGGCAUCAGUGAGCAGAGGGACACUCAGGAUCUGGCAGCUGAGGAGCAGCGGACUAAAGCCAUGGAUUUACCCCGACCAUUCCUUCUCCUCCUGUGUGUCCUCCACCUGACCUUGACCGGAGUGCUGAGCAAACACAUAGACCACAGAAACCUGUUCACACAGAGAAUGUGCUGCAAAAGACAGAGCCACUUUGUCUACAUUGGACAAGACAUCUCUGGGAGUCCUGUCAGUGUUGAUGUUGGGAUGUGCAGGUCGCACUGUGGGGGAGCAUCCAGGCCAUCACAUGAAGCAGGACAGCAGGAAAAGUCCAAACAUUCCUCAAUGCUGGAAUUUCUCAGGAGCAAAAAAAUGAGGACGCGCGGACCUGCAGCUCCAGAGAGCUCGGAGCAGCCGAGCCAGAUGCCCUCCUGCGGCAUGAACCAGGUGUGCGCGGCGACCGGGAUGCGUGUGGACCGGGUGCUUCUGUUCGAGGGCCCCCGGGAGGUGGAGGUCAUCGAGGAGUGCCACUGCGAGAUCAAGCUGACCGAGUGCAUCCGCGUCCCCGCACUCAGGACUUUCUACUCCGAGACGCCUUAUGAGACCGUCAUCGACCUGGGAGGAUGCUCCGGGUCCAAGGGCUCACCAGAGGGAUUCUCCUGCGUCCCCACAAAGUUUGACUCAGCCUUGGUGGAAACCCCCAACAAAGCGGACCUCAUCCAGACUGUGGCGGCCUGUGAGCUGAAGGAAAGCUGCUACAGGGUCCCAUAUGUGGAGUAUUACUACGAAAUAGUCCACCACGCAGAUGGAGUCAAAGAGGAGAGGCUCAAAGAAAUAGAUGUGGGCAGAUGUUUGGGAGGUUGCACCACAGGAAACCGAUGCCUUCUCAGGAGUCCAUCUGAUCCAGAAAUCUGCCACUUAUGGGCUGAAAGACAGUCCAGUUCCUGUGUUCCUCAGGGCUACGAGAGCCACAGCUUCCUCAACCAGCAUGGGCAGAUACGCACCGUCCUGUCCAUCACUUCCUGCCUUUGCCAAAACUGAACACUGCACCCCCCACUGGAAAACAACUACCAAUCCCUUCUCAGAAGUUGAGAGGAUAUAUUCCACAGUAGCAGCAGCCCAUUGAUGACCCCACCGAAUACUGUAACAUUUAC